GAUUAGAUUACCUUCAAACUGCGUGUAGUCCUCCUGCGUGUAGACAUAGUUGUCCUCCCAUUCCGUGUACAAGGUAGCAAGGUUUUGGCUUCUUAUUUUGUCCCACUUCCCCACUCUGAAACCCUUUUUUAAGAUGAAAGUAAAUUGGACAGACUAGUUAGUUCAGUACCUUGCUAUAUGCUAGCGGCGGCUGUCUCUUGUGUCCCUGCAGCGAUCCGUAGCCUGUGCAUUAUAGCUGAGCAAUGUGUUGUAAAAGAAAUGGGAGUGUAAAGAUCACUCUAGGGAUAUUUCAUGUCUACAUGUCACUAUUUAUAUUCAAUCAUUCUCGUGGAUAUUCGCUUAUCGCGGUCCGUUAUGGAACAAUUAAGCGCUGAGUUAUUUUUUUAAUUUGGGGAGUGUACAAAAAAAGCCCGAUUAGCUGCAGUACCACCAAUAGCCUAAGAGGGAUGCAAUUGAGUCGCAAGAUUGGAAGGCAUCGUUAACACGUGUUUAACCACUUAUUUAAAAUUUUCAUUUACGUUUUAAUAUGACAUUAAAUUACCAUUCAUGGAUGAAAAUGAUAAAAUGAAAAAGAUUACACAUUUAUGUCAGUUUGCCUUUAUUCUUUUUAUCUGUUUCUGCUUGACACGUUUGCACCAGGAUCAGUCCAGAGUGCACCCCGCCUCUCGCCUGAAGUCAGCUGGGACAGCCUCCAGCAUAAUUGCCAGCCGAGUGGUUAGCAUGUUGGCCACACAGAAGAUCUGGGUUCUAAUCUUCGUUGACAUCUCUGUGGGGGGUUUGCACAUUAUCCCCGUGUGUGCGUGGGUUUUCUCCGCGUGGUUACCUCCCACAUUCCAAAAACAUGCUUUUUAGGUUAAUUGGAGACUAAAUUGUCCAUAGGUAUGAAUGUCGGUGUGGUUGGUUGUCUAUAUGUGCCCUGCGAUUGACGGGCGACCAGUCCAGGGUGUACUCCGCCUCUCUCCCGAAGUCAGCUGGGAUAGGCUCCAGCAUACCCGCAACCCUAGUGAGGAUAAGUGGCAAAGAGGAUGGAUGGAUGGACUUUUGCACCAGGCUGUAUUGACAUUGCAACCUCUUUCCCAAACUGACAACUUAAAUUCCCUCUGCUCUCAUGUCUAUUUUUGUGACUGCCUCACAUCUUUUUCUCAUGCUGUGUGUGUGUUGCACCUGAGGCGUGUUUGUGUGUCUGCUACAUAGUCCACACAUCUGCCUGCCUACUCACCUGCUCCCAUAUACGGUACCUCCAUUACUGCCUGUUAUACAGGGUCAGGCAAAAUGAUCUUGACACAUUUGUAAAGGGCAAAGAAAAGUGUUACUUUUGAAAAGUACAUAUGCCAUUUUUUUCACAUGCCAUUUUGCUUUGUUUAUAAUGCCAUUGUUUUUCAGUUGCUGCCAUGAAUGGACUGGUGAGCAUCGCUCUUUCAUUGUGGACACGUUUAUCAAAACGAAUCUAACCAACACGAGCGUUCCGUUUGCACUUCAAUCUUGGUAGGCAUGAUCCCGUACCAGCUCGAAACACGAUCUUGUUAUGGGUUUCCAACUUCAGAGCUACUGGAUCUGCAUUGAGAGUGUGGACAAUAAUGGAUCCCAUUUGACUGAAACAGAAUGGCAUAUGUACUGGAAAACACUUUAUUUGCCUUUUAUUUAACCUACAAAUGUGUCAGAUCAUUUUGCCUGACCCUGUAUAUGUGGUAUACUGUAUGGAGGUCGUGCAACACAGAACAUGGCAGUUCUUCAGCCAUGAUCCGUGCUCUUCACACCUUUUAGUUAGGGUUUUAUUAGGCAUAGACCACAUAACAUGAGUUGGUGUGUUUGUUAGGCUAAAACAGUAAUCAGUAAAUCAGUAAUUCUACAAGAAUAAAGACAAAAUAUUAAGGGAACAAGGUAAUUUAACAAGAAAAAGUAAGUCAUUCUAUGAAAAUAUUAGCAAACAUACCGUACUAUAUUUCAAACAAUGAGGCAGCACACUGGCCUAGUGGUUAGCAUGUUGGCCACACUGGCAGUUGAAUCUGGAGUUUGCAUGUUCUCCCCGUGCGUGCGUGGGUGGGUUUUCUCCGGGUACUCCGGUUUCCUCCACAUACCAAAAACAUUCAUGUUAGGUUAAUUAAAUUGUCCAUAGGUAUGAAUGUGAGUGAAUGGUUGUAUGUGCCCUGCGAUUGGCUGGUGAGGGUGUACCCUGCCCACCCUUGCCCGAAGUCAGCUGGGAUAGGCUCCAACGUACCUAGUGAGGACAAGUGGCAUGAAGAUGGAUGGAUGGACAGAACAAAGUUGUCAUUUUUGCAAAACUAGGUUGCAAAAAGUUGUGUUACCAGAAUCUAAUUACGAGAAAGAAUUAAAGUUGUCAUAUGAAAACAAAAACAAAGUUGUCAGUUUGGGAAAUUAUGUUGCGAAAAAAGUUGUGUUGCGAGAAUAAAGUCAGAAUUACGCCAAAAAAAUGGCAGAAAUGAAAAAACAGGUAAUUUUACAAGAAUAAAAAUAAAGAUAAGCGUCAUUCUAUCGAGAGUCACGAUUUUAGAGGAAUAAACUUGUAUUGUGCGGAAAAAUUUCAUUAGUCGCACUGAGUUGUAUUCACGGAAUAAUGUUAUUAAAGUUGUAAUAUGGGAAAAAGCAAAUUUAAGAAAUGUUUUGAAAAUUGGGUGGGAGAAAAGCAUAAAAUGGAAAAGUCUAAAUAUUAUGGGAAGACAAUUGACAGAUUAAGAAAAAAAGGCGUAAAGACCACAGUUCAUGCUCAUAUACCACCCGCCUCUCGCCUGAAGUCAGCUGGGAUAGGCUCCAGCAUACCUGCAGGGCCUAGUGGUUAGCAUGUUGGCCACACAGUCGGGAGAGCGGGAAGACCUGGGUUCGAUUCUCCCUUGGGCAUCUCUGUGUGGAGUUUGCAUGUUCUCCCCGUGCAUGCCGUUUUCCUCCCACAUUCCAAAAACAUGCAUGUUAGGUUAAUUGGCGACUUAAAUUGUCCAUAGGUAUGAAUGUGAGUGUGAAUGGUUGUCUAUAUGUGCCCUGCGAUUGGCUGGCGACCAGUCCAGGGUGUACCCCGCCUCUCGCCCGAAGUCAGCUGGGAUAGGCGACCGAAAUUACGAUAAGCGGCAUAGAAAAUGGACGGAUGGAUACUCAACUCAUUUCCAUGAAACUGAAAGAUGGAAAGAUGGCCCAUAUGCUAAAUACAUUCAAGUGCAAGUCCGGACAAAAAGCAAUUUUUCAUUCAUUCAGAGCCUGCUGACAUUCUUUUUGUGUGUUCCAAAAACAAUGACUGAUGGAUUUGUAAUAUCUCUGAUCCAAGCACUGACACAAUUACCAACAUUAAUGACAUUAGAAUAAAGACUCUCCAUGUGUGCCAUUAUUUUAGUCGAAAAAUGUAGCAAUAUUUGAUCUUGGGUGUUUUUGUGGCAUGUGGAAAAUGUUUUUGAUACCCCAGCUAUAUACCCAAAAAUAUUUCAAUUUCCUGUGGAACACAUUCCUUUUGUAAACCUUUCAUCUCUUAGCAACAACACGUGCAGACAACACACACACACACACCUGCAACAUCUAUUAAUAUUUACAUUUAUUUUUUUUCUGUCGUUGCUAUUUUUCUUGACACUAACCGUUGAAUUAAGGUGCGAAGAUUUUGGUAACGAUUCUGAUACAAAUCCUCACUUAAUUAUCACUUUUCACGUGUCUUUUCAAGGUGAGGAUGUUAAUGUGAUAGUGUUUAUUGUGUGCUCAGUGAGUGUUUAGUGUGUGCUCAGUGAACCUGAGCAGGUUUAGAGGCGUUUCAGUGAAGGAGGCGGUUUAGGUGAGGUCAGCCUGCAGCUGAUGCCGAUGAUGCUGCUGGGACUCCCACACUGAGCAGAUGGAAUUGUGGGAAAAGAUGAGAUGUGAGACGGGUACUUCAUCAGCUGCUGUGUGCGUGUGCGCGCGCGCCCGUGCGUGUGUGUGUGCGCAGCUCGCGCUCUCUCCUCUCCUCCCUCCCUUCCCCUCCCCACUUCUCUGCGCUCCUCAGGGCGGCCACACAGCGGGCUGUCUCGGCUCCAUAGCAGAUCGGGCUGCCUUAUCUCAUACAGCGGAUCGACUCCAGCGCCGACCCUCUGCUGGCUGCCAGCCCUCCCACCUCCUACGGAGAAGUGGGAUCUUGUCUUUAUUAUCUUUUCCCUGGAUCUUUUGUCUGCAGACGGCGGGCUGCCGUGAUGCUCCGCAGCAGCAGAUGUGCCGGCCUGAGUGACGCAACUCAUAGUGGGAUGCGGAACCCCUCCCUUCUAAGCGUAUAAGCAACAGGAAGCAGAUUGGCAAAGGGAUUAAAGCACAUUAUGGAUGCUGCACCAUUGGUUGUCUAUGGAGGUCACUAGCUAGAGCUUUGCUGCCAUGGAUGAAGAGGAAGAGAGUAUCAUUGAGUCUUAUAUGGUGCAGGACUCCGCCCACUUCGUCCUUCCCUACUUCCUUAACGGACAACGAAGAAACACGUCUGCAUAUGUUCGCAUCCACCAGCAAGACGACAUCUAAUCCAAGUACCGCUAGCCACGAAGCAACCAUGGCCAGACAAGACGCCCCUCACUUCCUCCACGGCUUUGACCUCAGCGCCCACUUUGUUGACCUCCGACCUCUCGGCGUCGGAGGCACCGGGCUGGUCCUGUCGGCCUUGGACCAGCGUACGGGACGACGCGUGGCCAUUAAGAAGCUACUGAUGCGGGAUGCUGUGACGGUGAAGCACGCCCUGAGGGAGGUCAAAAUCACCCGCCGACUCCGCCAUGAGAAUGUAGUCCAGGUCCAUGAGGUUCUGUCCCCCUACGGAAGACCCCCGGCGAAGGAUCCGGCCCAGCUCGGAGCCCUGUAUGUGAUCCAGGAGUGCAUGGAGACGGAUUUGGCUCGACUGCUGGAGCAAGGAGCGCUAUCUACAGGCCACGCUACUCUGCUGUUCUACCAGCUGCUGAGGGGGCUCAAGUUCAUCCACUCAUCCAACGUGCUGCACAGAGACCUGAAGCCCGCCAACAUAUUCAUCAACACCGACCAACUGCUGCUCAAGAUCGGAGACUUCGGCCUGGCCAGGAUAGUCGACCCUCACUAUUCUCACAAGGGCUAUCUGUCCGAGGGUCUGGUCACUAAGUGGUACUGUUCUCCUCGUCUGCUGCUGUCCCCCAACAACUACACAAAGGCGAUAGACAUGUGGGCCGCAGGAUGCAUCCUGGCAGAAAUGCUCACAGGGCGCAUGCUCUUUGCAGGCGCUCACGAGUUGGAGCAGAUGCAGCUCAUCCUUGACACGGUGCCAGUGAUCAGAGACGAGGACAGACAGGAUCUGCUACAGGUGAUGCCUUCAUAUAUUAAUCAUGGCUGGAAGGUCAAGAAGCCCUUCUCUCAGCUGCUUCCUGAGGUGGAUGCUGAAGCUGUGGACUUCCUGGAACAAAUCCUGACCUUUAACCCCAUGGAUCGCCUGACAGCCGAGGCGGCACUGUCCCAUCCCUUCCUGCGUUUGUAUUCCUGUCCGGACGACGAGCCCGUCUCGUCGCAUCCCUUCCACAUCGAGGACGAGCUGGAGGACAGCCUCAUCAUGGAGCACAGCCUCAGCAACAGCCUCAGUCGGGCCUCCAGCAUCCACUGGGACAGGUGCCGUACAACGCUGGAAUCCCGUAAUAACAAUGCGAUCAACGUGCGUUCCCUUCUGUGUUUCAACAGUUUAUCAACAGAUGUGUGCUGGCAGCAGUCAGGAGGGAAAUGUCGAUGCGUGCCCUCGGGUCACGUGACCUCUGAUGUGGAAGACACGGCAGAGGAAGAGGAGGUCCAAAGGGACCCCAGAGCCAGUUGUGCCUCACUUUUAGAAGAGGCCCAGGUGGACCCACGUAAAUAUUCCCACAGCAGCUCUGCUGAACGCUUCCUGGAACACUCACACUCCUCCCUGGACCGGGCCUGUGGUUUGGGCUUCGGGGACUUGGACUGCGGCCGUUCGUGCGACUACAAAGUGGGCUCGCCGUCGUAUCUGGACAGAAUCGCUUGGAGAGAGGGCAAGCCUCAGCACUACUCUGAACCCAGGCUCAUUCUGGAUCUGUCUCACUGGAAGCGCAACACCACCAGCAACGCUCCGGUGUCCAUCCAGCCCAUCGGUGGCAGUGUGGAGGACGUGAGGGAGGUUGUGCAAACAGAAACGGGGGAUUUAUUCCAGGAGAUCUCCCACUGGGUGGAGAGCACCCAGUCUCGUCUGUACUCACCUAGUCCAUCUUUGGAGCCACAAUCACCCUCCUGCUACACCUCCUCCCCACCUCUCCCCCUCUCCCCUACCGACCUCCAGACCCCAGUCUUCCACUACUCAGAGCUUGAACCGCAUCCUUUCCCAUCCGACUACGACGAGGACAGACUCAGCCCCUUUCCACCCAUCACUCCCACCUCUCCUCUACCUCCACAGUCACCUCACAGCGAGUCCCCUGCUUCCUCUCCUCUCUUUCCUCCUUCUCAGCCAGAACCUCUCUCCUCCUCAUCCUCCUCCAUGGCUGAGUCCCGGGAGUCACUCCCCGUCAAGCAGAAGGAGCGUCUGUUCGACUUGGAUGUAUUUAUCUCCCGUGCUUUGAAACUGUGCCGAAAGAAUAAGGAGAAAGGAGACGGGAAAGGGCGGAGAGAGGGCGGAUGGAGGGAGGAGAGUAGAAACUGCAGGGUCUCAAGACCUCCUGAGCACAGGACGCCACCACCACAGACCUAAAGCCCACGAUACAAAAAGGCAUUUUAACACUGGAGGGUGCUUACAGUAUAUUUUGAUUCUCAAUAGAUCGUUUGGUUUUAAGGCUGAUUGUUUAAAACUUGGCCAUAAUUUGGUUUCAGUUAUUAUUUUUUCUACUUUGAAAUGUAUUUGUACUUUAUUUAUCCCACAGCGGGGUACACCCAUGCUUACACUCUUUACCCUCUGGUCCGCCCCCAUUAUAACAACAUUCUUGAUAUACUGCAAUCCUGCAUGCAUCACAAAACCGUUGCUAACAAAAACGUCAGACCUCAGUCGCUCGGCGUUAUUUCCUCUCCGUUCGUAUCACUACGCGCCCUCUCCUGUUCGUUGUUGUGAGUGUGUGUUGGAGACUGCUGCGACGGGAGACUCAGGCGUCGCAGCAGUCUUCCUCCGCUGUGGAACACAUACACAACAAUGGUCAGGCGAGAGCGAGUAGUGAUACGAAAGGAGAGGAAAUAACACAGAGCGACUGAGAGGUGGGACUUUUUUUGUGGUGCAAAUGUAUUUCUCUUUUGAACGCAUAUUGUUUUGAGAAGCCAAACUCUUUACUUCCGUGACCCCAGCAACUAACCGGAACUACGUUCCUCCUCACCGAAAUCCGACCAGAACUCCGCUCACGGAACAAAGUGGGGGGUAAGUCACUGUUGAUACACUGCAGUGCAGAUGGUGAUGUCAUACAACUUCAUGUCAAAAAAUUCAAACUAUCACUUUAAUAACAUUUUCUCACGAAUACCAAAUAAAUCAAAGAAGAUCUGUGAGCUUAUUCUAACAAAAAUGGUAUAAAACAUAAAAAAAUAUCCACAAUUGAUGUCAUUGGUGAUAUCUGAAGCUUUAAAAACAAUUUGAUUUGGUGACGGUAGGAAAAAAUAUUCCUAUGUUCCAUUUUUAUCACGCUUUUAUGAGAGUGACCGUUUUGGGACCUAACGGUAAAAAGUGUAACUUCAUUUUAAAGGGGCCUCAAGGUUUGAAUGCUUGCUUUUACACUGUUUUUUUUUUCUUCCUCUUAUAAUAACACAAGGGCAUCAACCAUGUAGGAACCAAAACCAGAUCUUGCUUCAGUGCUUUGCUUAAGGUUGGAAAUGAACCUUGUGUUCUUUUAAUAUUUUAUAACGUUUAAGCAGACAGAACAGAUCUAACAAUACAGUAUAAGAGUUACAGGUUUUUCAUCAGACAGCAAAAAUAUAUUUAAAACUCAAAUUUAAUAUACAUUUGCUGUUUUACUUUUGUAAAAAAGGUGUGUCACUCGGGUGGUACCCUUAAAUGUUUUGUACCCUUGACACUUUUACAGCGCAGGAGCAUACCUGUACCUUGUUGGCCUUGGGAAAUGUUACAAGGAGUUACCAUGGAGUCCACCAAUAAGCCCUAUGGGGUACAUAAAGGUACAGAUUGUACUGCAACCAGUACUUCUGACUGUUUACUCUGCUCCUUUUUAUCACUUGUAGCUGAGGCAACGCUGCACUCGGUACCACACAAAAGGGAUCAGUUUCGUAUACAAGAUGCUUACUUUACCAAAUGUCUUCUGCACACAGGAAGUUCCUAUGAAUGUACUGAAUGAGGACAAAAACACAACAUAUAGUCAUCCCUCGUUUAUCGCUGUUAAUUGGUUCAGAUCUGACCAUGGUAAGUGUAUUAGAUCUAUGUAGACAUGAAAUAACACCCCUAUAGUCAUCUUUACACUCCUAUUAUUCUUACACUUUACACCACAUUGCUAAUGCGCAGGCUACGGGAUCACUGCAGGGACCACGGCUGCAUAGCAUGCUAGUGAGCUAACUAGCUAGCCUCCAAUUCAUUAAUUCUAACCAAAAACUUAACCACUUCCACACGGAAUGAGGAGAAGUUUUUUUCACUCUAUCAUGUCGGACAUGCCGUUGCUGACUCCAUGCAGUGUGGCAAUAAUGUAAUGUAAUGUCAUGCGAAUGUGAAACAUUACUGACGCCUCGUAGCAAGAAUACUAGAUGUAACUUGUAUUUCAAUAUUUUUGACCAAUAAUGUGCCGUAGUCAACCACGAAACAGCGAUCAUUAAUUAAUAAUUUAAAAAAAAAAAGCGAUAGAGUGGGGGGCGAUAUUCCAACCGCGAUGUAGCGAGGGAGGACUGUACUGCAUUGUGAUGCUGCAACAUGCCUUGUAAACCUGUAUAAAAUGUACAUUUCUUCCGACUGUUCUUGGUGUGUUCAAAGUGAAGUUGAAGCACAUGUUGUGUUCAUUUGCAGUGUUUUUGUUGGUUUUAAUGUGCAAUGCUGCAUCUUUUUCUUUUUCAAAGACUUUUUUUGCAAUACAGUGCUAAAAUUUCCAAUGCACAAACUAUAUACUACACACUGUAUAAUGUCAUUUUGUCCCUAAUUUGAAACAAUCAUUUACGCUUUUUAAGUAAUAAGUUGCAUUUGCUGUCGCUUUAGUUGUUUUGCCAAGAUGCAAUAUAAAUUAUUAUUUUCUGUAACUUUGGUCUCCAAAACACUCAGAUUCAAUGAAGGUGCCGUAAAAUUAACAUUUUUAGAGUUAAAGAGCACAUUUUACACAUUAUACUCUACACUUUCCACUAAGACAGCAAUAACGUCUCUGACAAAUGACCCAAAUUGAACGUGGUACCCGAGCUCCAAUUCUGUUAUAUUUUUUCUUGAAUGAAGCAAUGCAGAUAAUGUGCCUCUACACCUCAAUGCUUCCCAGCUUGCAUUUGAAUGUAACAUAACCUCUAACACCCUUCUGCAUGCUUUGACUCUAAUGCAAAUUGCUUACAAUAACUUUAUAACACUAACCAUGUGUCACCAUCAUACUUGCAGGCAUUUUUCUACUUUGGGGAAUGUGGGGAGGUUUUUAAUUAAAUGCUAAUAUUGUUGGCUGGUAUCUAUUUUGCACCUUUUUGUGGAAAGAAAUAAAAAUUA